CGCGGCCGUGCUGCUGACGUAGCUAGCUAUCCGCAAGUUCAGUGGUUCUGUCAUUCGCUGGUGUUGUUGAUAUGACGUGCAAUCUUUUAAUGACCUAUUUGAGAUGAAAGUUGAUCCUGAAAUAUGUCGGAAUCACAAGCAUCGCCAACCCUUGAAAGUGCAGCCAGUUCCCAAGCCCCUUCCCCCGUCACGGGCGCACCAAACGCACCGAGGUACGGAACAAUCAUUCCCAACAGGAUAUUCGUCGGUGGAAUCGCAUUUGGCCAGACAAGCGAUGCAGAGCUCAGGAAUUUCUUCUCGGCGUACGGUCACGUCAAAGAGGCAAAGAUUAUCGCAGACAGAGCAGGGGUGUCAAAGGGGUAUGGUUUUAUCACAUUUGAGACUGCAGAGGAAGCACAUAGAAUACUAAAAGAACAUGCCAACAGUUUAGUGUUCAAAGAGAAGAAGCUAAACAUUGGGCAAGCAAUAAGAAAACAGCCUAUCAAAUACCCCAAAGAUGUGGAUCCAGCCCUUAUUCCAAGUGGGAUGGUGUUCCACUCACCGAGCGGUGCAUACAGCUAUACAUACCAUAAUGGAGUUGCGUACUUCAACCCAGGCGGUGACGUACAGUCGGCCAGCCAUCCAGUUCAGACAACAAUAGCUACCCACCACCAUCCACAGCAGACACAGCCCCAGUAUGCACCGUACACCGUCCCAUUUAUGCUGCCCCCUCCAGGACCACAGCAUUACAUGACGAAUCAGCAUCAACAGUUUGCCUUCCAACAGCCCCAGCCAGUCAGACAGACUGCUCCACAGUAUCAGACGCAGUGGAGAUGGGUUCCAGCACAGGCCCCUCCUGCCGCAGCGGUGAACGGCAGCAUGCUUCCAGUCUCUCCUAUCUAUCCCAGCCCUCCGCAGCCCCAUAGCCAUGAGGUCAUCUACCAGCAGGCUCAUCAUUAUCAGUCACCGGAGAUCACAGAGGUACCCAUUAUGGAACCCUCACCAGCAGAGGGCACAACUGUAGUACAGACUGCAGAGCACUCAAACAUGCCGACACAAGUCAUUACUCGCCAUCAGCCCUACAUAGGGACAGUCUCCGAGCUCCAAGGGACGUACACAACCUCCUAUGACCCCAACAGCAUCCCAAACUCAAUCGUCCAGAAGGUUACACCCAAGUUCACGGGCAAACGCCCCAUAAAGAUGCCGAGACGCGGGGACCGCGCCGUCAAGACCAUCCGGACCGACAUCCCAGGCCAACCCGGCACCUCCCCCAUCGGUUACCCGACCAUGAUGAUGGCGGCCCCACCCAGAAUGGACGAGGCGAUGAUGAUGGCUGGCCCCGCCCAAUAUGGCAACUCGACUCACAUGGGAAAUGCCACCCAUGUGUCGGGAGGCGGGGACAACUAACUCGUAACCUACACCUUUUCUAUCACCCACCCACACCCAUUUUAGAAGUGUACAUGUCGGUCCCAUCAUAGUAAUGCUUGAAGUGUUGACAAAGGCUAUUAAAUAGGUGCCUAAACUUAUUGUCUAUGUGCAGGUGUAUGUUUCAAAAGUGCCUGCUGAAAAUAUACUGUCAUUUAUAAUGUGAAGUUGAAAAUCUUUUUUUGAAAUGGCAGUAUUUUACUUCUUAGAUUGCUGUAUAUAUUUCAUUCAAAGUUUAGAUAUGUUUAAUACGUAAGAAGAUCAGAAUUGUAUCUGAUACAUCUUUUUGUAAGUCUAAUCAGUUAGAUCAUAGAUGUCUUUUUUUCCAAUCAGGGUAUAUGCAACCAAGUGUCUUCCAUGAAUUUUCUCAAAGAAAAUUUGUCUUGCAAUUACGGGAUAUGGGACUAUCAGAAGUAGUUAUGUGCAAAAGGCUUUGAUAAAGAAAAUUCUACGGGUUUUGGAUUGGUGUUAUACAGUAAUGAGUAUUUUGCAUAAGUUUGAUCGCAUCUGUCUGCCACUCAGUCAACAGAUAUUGAUGUGUGCUCAAAGGAUGUAGUGUCAAAUGAAGAAAAUUAUAUACCUUGUGCCAACUCUUGCAAGUGUAGUCAAACAAUUACAUGUACAGUAAUGUGAGCUUUCUUGUUUAAUAUUAUAUUAAAAAAAAGACAAAAAGCUGAAAUCCUUGCCACAUUUUGUGCUUAAACGAAAUAUAAAACUUUUGUGAGUGUAAUAAAACAAAUCAUGUGUGCUCUUGUUAUUUCAGCGAGAAAUAAUAUAGAAAAACAUAAAAUCCUUGCCAUAUUUUGUGCUUAAAGAGGAUAUAACAGUCAUGCAAGUACUGAAAAAAUACUACCAUUACAUCAUGUGUGCUCUAGAACUAUUUUGGAAAGAAGAAGAUGGAUUAGCUGUAAUCCUUGCCACAUUUUGUUCUCAAACAGAAUGCACAAUGUACUUCGAGCGUUCAGGAAAUGCGCAAUAUUUUCUCAAAUUGUAAAUACCGAUAUUACCAAAAAAAGGGUUUUUCUUGUGCCAAAGUUUGCUCGAUAAGUUAUUUCAUAACCAGGUAAAUGUUUCAUAAAGCUUUUUGGAAGUUGUGAUUGACUUUACGAACGACUGGGAUUUUUCAUUAGUUGCUGAAUCAACAUCACUGUUUUGAAACAUCUUGCUAAAAUUGCUUUCAUUUUAUCCAUAGUUAUUAUUUGUAAGAAAUAUUGAUUGUUUCCUGGUUACUUGCUAUAAAUCACUUUGAUAAAAAAGGGGCUUAUUUAAAUUGUGAUAGCUCAGUUCCCACAGUACCAUCUAGACAUCCUGAAAUACUGACACAAAAGCUUGCUUGAAAUGGUAAAAUUCUUGCCCUUGUAAUUAGAAAUAUAUAUCUCAUUAGUCAUAUAUCUUGUCUAACUAAUACCAUUUACUUGUAAGUGAUAUCAUGAGCAACAUGUCUUCAAUUCACUUACUAUGUUACCUUUCUUUAUGCAAAAAGUAGAGGUAUUUUGAAAGGAAUCUAAAUUUGGGGGAGAGGGGGGGGGACUGUUCAUCAGUCUG